AUGGCCUCACCAAACCUUCACCCGCUCGGCUGUCUCGACGAUAUAAUGCCAGACAUCGAUGUUCCCCUCGUUCUCUCCUUCCGCUGCCCUUCAGCCCACCAUCCGGCGACCGAAGCCACGCUCUCCCACUCUUUUACCUCUCUCAUCCACGCAAAUUACUGGCUGAGUGGUUAUAUCCACAGCAACCUGAAAGAGUUAGAGGGGAAAUAUAGACCGGGAACGAAGUUCCUCAGUAUCCAGUCACAAGACUGGGAUAGCGUGAGCGGUGUAAGUGAAGGUACUAAAGAGAAUACAUCGCAAAUAGAGUUUCAGGACCUCUCUCAGCACGUUCUAUAUUCUUCCACCUCUUAUCCCGAGCUUGUGGCCCAGGACAUGCCCUCACGGUAUCUCAGUGCUGAGUUGCUGGUGCCGGAUCGUAGCACCCCGGAUCUGAACGUGAAGUCUGCGCUUAGAGCUAGAGUCACUUUCAUCCGUGACGGCAUAUUUGUUGUUCUGUCGACCUCCCACGCCCUUAUGGACGCUACCUCUCUCUCCGCGGUCUUUGGUGCCUGGGCUGCUAUUGCUCGUGGAGAGCCUUCGCCUCCAUUAUCUCAUGGGCCGAUCCUGAGCGCCGAGCUAGGACUUCAAGACCGCCACGAAAAAGGAGCAUUGCAAAACGGAACACUGGAGCAAAAUAGUAGCCUAGAUCCCUCGGUACUAUACGCAGAUCUCAAGACGCAGAAGAAGCUAUGGUGGAUGCUCGGCCUCGACUACCGACCCAAAGCGCACAGCAGCGCCAUAAUCGCACAAAACAUUCCGGCCAAAGAAACGCUCACCAAGAUAUUCAAGAUCAAUGGAGAUACUCUGACGCGGUUAAAGAAGUACUGCUCUCAAACAGAGACUGCAACUUUAAACGAGACCGUUGGCGACAGCGACGAGAGUAAAGAGGUGGAUACUAUUGACAAGGCCAAUGGAGCAUGGAUAUCCACCAACGAUGCGCUCUCCGCGCUACUAUGGCGUUGUAUGGUGCGCUCGAGGAUACGGACGGCCCCUGAAUUGAGCAGUCGGACGAGCAGUCUGAUGUCCGCGAUGAACAUGCGGUCCUCUCCGGCUUUGACCCCAUCUACACUCUCUUACUCUCCCCGCCUGGCAAAUAUAGUUCUCUACAUCAUAAACACCUCCCCAAUUCCCAACCUAGUAUCUUCACCCCCCAAUCCCAAUGCCCACCCCUCAACCACCUCAGCCCUCGCAUCCACGGCCCUCAAUAUCCGCUCUGCAACCCAUGCUUACACCGCUCCGGAGCUCGUAGCACAAGCACUACAACUAGCAGCGACGGUCCCGGAUGUGAGCCGGUUGGGACUUGUAUACCCGACGUGGUUAGAACACGACGUUGUCAUAUCCUCGCUAUUGCGGCUCCCUUUGUACUCUACAAGCUGGGGAAACACUUUCGGCAAACCAGAGAGUGGCGAAUUGCGUUCAGAAGUACCGGAUUUCGUGCGCUGGCCCGGAAAAGUGUUUGAGGGGAUUACGUUUGUGAUGCCGAGACGGAGGGAUGGGGGUGUGGAGGUGGUGGUUACGAUGGGGGUGGAGGAUAUGGAGGUUUUGAAGGGGGAUGCGGAGUGGAGACGGUAUGUUGAGGGAUGA